AUGUCGGGGUGUGACCCUCGGAGGGCCAUUGGUGAGGUUGAGAAUCUGAGAGGAGAGAACUCAGUCUUGUACAAGCAGCUCAUAGGUGCAACCCAACAGUUCCGGAAUGCAGAUACAAGUAACAGAGUUCUCAAAUCAGAUGUGGAAACUCUCAGAGUCAAGGUGAAACUAGCUGAAGAUUUGGUAGCAAGAGGGUCACUUACAAGCAGCUUGAAUCAGUUUCUUCAAACUCAUCUAACUCCACCACAACCAAUCAACACGCUGCGUUUCACGACGGGGAAUCCCUCCCCGGCCGCCAUUACAGUCCGCAGCGAGCAAUCUUCGUUCCCCGGAAUCACACUUACCAGACAGAACUCGAGCCUCGGGCUGUGUAACAUAUCCAGUGAUGCUGUCAGCUGCGUAUCUGAUAUUUGGCCUUGA